CUUCUACUCGCCACUUCAGAAAUGGCGGCUCCGCUGGGAGGUAUGUUCUCCGGGCAGCCCCCCGGACCUCCGCCGCCGCCGCAGGGACUCCCGGGCCAGGCUUCGCUUCUUCAGGCCGCGCCAGGGGCUCCGAGAUCUUCUCCGAGUACCUUGGUGGAUGAGCUGGAGUCAUCGUUCGAGGCUUGCUUUGCGUCUCUGGUAAGUCAGGAGUACGUGAAUGGCACUGAUCAGGAAGAAAUUCGAACUGGUGUUGAUCAGUGUAUCCAGAAAUUUCUGGAUAUUGCAAGACAGACAGAAUGUUUUUUUCUACAAAAAAGAUUGCAGUUAUCUGUCCAGAAACCAGAGCAGGUUAUCAAAGAGGAUGUCUCGGAGCUGAGGAACGAAUUACAGCGGAAAGAUGCUCUAGUCCAGAAGCACUUGACAAAGCUGCGGCAUUGGCAGCAGGUGCUGGAGGACGUCAACGGGCAGCACAAGAAGCCGGCUGACAUCCCUCAGGGCUCCCUGGCCUACCUGGAGCAGGCGUCCGCUAAUAUCCCCGCACCCAUGAAGCAAACCUGAGGGGCAGCUGGUGUGACAGUCAGCUGGCGUGCACGUCCCGCAAGCUCGGUGGUUCUUGCCAGGCUCCCAUUCUGGGUGGCGUGGCCUCUCGGAACCACUCCGCCAGAGGAUGAGAUGACUCUAGUCGAAUGCUUUCACUACAUUUUCCUCUUAUUUUUAUAAGCUCUUACUUUUUUAUACUUUGUAGAAUGCACCAUAGCCUGGCUAACAUUGCUUUUUGUUUCCUUUUUCUGCUUGUUUUUAUUUUUUAAAUUUUUGUGUAACUUUCAAUCUGUUUCCCGUUUUAUAUGAGUUUGUAUCAUCUGAGGGAAAAACAACUUGUAUGAUAGGAUCUGUGAAUCUGAGGGUGAGGAUUUGGGUUUAGGUCUUUUAUGUUAACUACCACCCCCUGCCCUUGUGCUAGUUUGUAAAAAUAUGUACAUUUGCCAUGUUUCAAGACUCUGAACUACCUCAAAAAGAGGAAUCUAAUGCAGCAAUGUUUGUAAUGCUUCCAGAGCCCUCAGAGUAAGGGAUAUAUUUUGUACUUGGGCCGGAAGAGGAUUGUAGUGUCCUGAGUGAGUGCAGUAACAUUGUAGUGGAAUCCUUGAGUUGAUGUUGACUCCUAGUUGGGGGAAGUUUAUACUUUGUGUGUAGCUUGUUUACUUAUUCGGGUGGGGGAAUGUAGUAGGAGCAGUGAUAUGCUGAUUUUUUUUAUGUUUUGCAUUAAUGAAUUGGUUUAAUACACCCCCCUGCCCUCAGUGACGAGACUUAGGCAGAGGGGAAGGGGGCUAAAGCUCACCGUGAUAGUCUCUUUUGGAGUUUUGUUUGCUUGUGUUUUUUGUGUUUUACUUUCUUGGAGCAGAAGUUUUCCAGUAAGGAAGGUUUUGGCUAAUGGACAACGCUGAUUCCGAGGAACGGGGCCUCGGGGUGUGGAGAGGCCUGCAGGGUGGCCCUCCGUGGCUUACCCUCCACAAAUAGCACGUUUGGGAAGGCGUUUUAGCGUCUGGCUCCCUGAAUUCGGCUUUCUUUCCUGUCUUGGUUACUUAGUCUCUGAUUAGGUUGCAUCUCUUCACACUCCACUGUCUUCUGAGCAGGCAGUACCCCUGGGGCUUGGUUUCUCGUCUCACUGUACUUUCUCCAUCCUUGAAGGCCCCUCCCCACACACAGCGACACCCGCUGAUGGUGCCGUCUGGCCUGGCUGCUACCUGGUCCCUGGCACCUGCAAUGCUUUCUCUGCGGCACCGCCAGGACACAGGGCUCCCUGUCUCCUGCCAGCCUUGCUUGGCGCUCCCUCGAGAGUUAGUAACUUGUAUCUGUCCCUGUGCCUCUCAUGAGGCUCUGGGUAUAUAGAGGUCAUCUGUUAUUGAUAGUUUUUGCAGAGCACUGUUACCCAUUUUUGUCUGUGUAUGAUGUACAGCUGGUGGCCACUGAAUCCCCUCAGUGAAAAUGUGUGGGUUAAACAGCUUUUAAAAACUGUUUUUUCUCACAUUCUAUGACUUCAGGGUUGUCAACCUGGUCAUCUCCCACUAAUUAGAAUCUUAAUUGGCAGCUUUAGAUUUCUUCAUUAAAGACCUAAACAAACUUAAGUUUUAAGCAUUUUUCAAUAAUGAGGUUCUUGGUAAAAAGUUAACUUGGUGCUUAGUGAAAAUAUUUUGAAUUAAUGUAUCAGUUACUGCCAUUUUUUGUUAAAUUCAGAAAAU